UGUGAACUUUGACCCAAACAAUAACAACAAAACACUAUUAAAUCUUGACCGAGACUCUAUGUGGAUGUGGUGAAUUGUUCAGGCAUUUAGAAGGACUGUGACUAGCCUGUCAUCAUGUCGUCUAGUGUGUUGCCGUUUGUACGAGGAGUGGACUUCUCCAGGAUAGAGUUCAAGGAUGGCCAGUUACAAGACAAGACUGCUGAGAUGACCAACCUCCGGUGGCUUAGGCUCAACCGAACAGCCUUGUCAGAGCUCCCAGACUCAAUAGACAAGUUCACAAAGCUGGAAAUAUUGAGUGUCUCCCACAACGGCCUGACAGAGCUGCACAGUGGGAACAUACCCAGUAUACAGUCCCUCAGGGUUCUGAAGGCCAACCACAACAGUGUGCGUGACUCAGGCAUUCCUUCUGAUCUGUUCAAAAUGAGGGAGCUGGUAACAGUGGACUUGAGUCACAACAGUCUGAGCAGGGUCCCCGAGGACUUAGUGCAGGCGGCCAAUCUCAUCGUGUUGUCUCUCAGUCAUAACAAGAUCUCCUCUGUACCUGGAGCGCUGUUUGUGCACUGCUCUGGACUACAGCACCUCGACCUUAGCAACAAUGAAUUGCAAUCCCUCCCUCCUCAAGUGCGAAGAAUGGAGUACCUCCAGUUUCUGGAUCUGUCCAACAACCCCCUUCGACACUAUACCUUCAAAAACCUGGACAAACUUUCCAACCUCACCACCUUGAAACUGUCCAAGACAGGAAGGGACUUCAACAAUACCCCUCACAUAGACAAGCUCACCAAUCUCACUGAGAUUGACAUGUCCCACAAUGAACUGACUAGAAUCCCAGAGCCGGUGUACCUGCUGGAGGGCCUUCUCCGUGUGAACAUGAGUAACAACCUCAUCAAGGAGCUCUCCUCUCUCAUAGACACUUGGGAGAAACUGGUCACUCUGGACGUCUCCUUCAAUCAGAUCACCACUCUACAUCUCAAUAUUUGCAAGUGUGUGAAGUUGAAGAGACUGUUCCUAGGCGACAACAAGCUCACCUUUGAGGGUAUACCACCGGCCAUUGGCAAACUGUCUUCCCUGGAGCACUUUAUUGCCCCUCGCAACAACCUGGAGUGUAUCCCUGAGGGGAUCUGCCGUAUCUACUCUCUCAAAAGGCUGGUGCUCACCUCCAACUGUCUUCUCACUCUGCCUGAGGGAAUUCACUUCAUUAAACUAGAGAAACUGGACAUUCGAGACAACCCCAAGCUGGUCCUGCCGCCCAAACCCAAGGAACAGGUGAAGGGGUCUGGGGCCGAGUGGUACCACAUAGACUUUGACCCUGAGAUCCUCAAGAAGGGAGCAGUAGUCGCCACUUCAAAGGUCCUUAAAGGUGCGUACACUCGUCAAAAGGAGCGUCGGAUGAAAAUGAUGAGGAAUAGACAGAACUCCACUGGACAAGAUGAGGCAGCCGCUCAGAAAGUGCUCAAGGGUCUUGUUGAUGUGGCUGAGAAUCGUGAUGUGCUACUGGCUGGUGCAGAUGUGGAGGUGGUCCCUGAGGACGUGGAGACACCCUCUGCCCCCGUCAAACAGAAGCGUUGGGACCAGCUUCUCAAGAGGCCUGAUCUCGACUACAGUGAACUGUUUGCUGAGGAUGUGGGGAAGUUGCCCGGCAUGACUGUCUGGCAGAUAGAGAAUUUCUAUCCUGUGGAAGUGGAAGUGGAGUUCUACGGGCAGCUGUACACGGGUGACUGCUACAUUGUCCUGACAACAUUCUGGAGUGAUGACUCUGAGCUGGACUGGGAGAUCUACUUCUGGAUUGGUCGAGACUCUACAUUGGACAAGCGAGCGUGUUCAGCGAUGCAUUCAGUGAACCUGCGCAACAUGCUGUGCACUGAUCACCGCACCCACCGGGAGGAGCAGGAGGAUGAGAGUGAAGAAUUUGAGGCUCUCUUUGUCAAUGGGCUCACCUAUAUUGAGGGAGGCUCUGCUAGUGGAUUCUACACUGUGGAGAACGAUGACAUUCCUAUUCGUCUGUUUCAGCUGUGCGGCAACAAGAGGCCGUUCCUAGAGCCUGUUGAGACUAUGUCAAGCUCUCUUGAUCUUGGCUAUGUCUACGUUCUUGAUGCCGGGAAGAAGCUAUUUGUGUGGUGUGGGAACAAGUCCAGUCUCAUGGCUCGCUCAAAAGCUCGACUCAUCUGUGAGAAGAUCAACAAGUACGAAAGGAAGAACAACGCCACCAUUACUCAGAUGAGAGCUGGCAUUGAGAAUGAGGAGUUCUGGAGCUACCUCGAAGGAGAGCCACAGGAGAAGCCUCCGCUGAAGGCCCCCCGCAAUGACCUCCCUCGACACACGCCCAUAAUAUACAAGGCCGGGCUAGGUACUGGAUAUCUGGAGCUACCCCAAGUACAGAUAACUGGGGGAAAACUGGAGAAGGCUCUACUCAAAACCAACGAUGUGUACAUACUGGACUUCCACACUGACAUCUUUGUGUGGAUCGGUCGCAAGUCACCAAGACUGGUUCGUGCAGCUGCUCUCAAACUAGCACAGGAGCUCCUCGAUAUGGUCGCUCGUCCCCCUGUUGCCAUGGUGACUCGGACGCAAGAGGGAACGGAGCACCAGAUAUUGAAGCUGAGAUUCUCAGACUGGGAGGAUGCUCUGAAGGUGGACUUCACCAAGACCACUCGAAUGAUUGAGGAGAGAGACAUAGAACUGAAAAAGAAUCCUGGAAAGUCACCCGAGAAGAAGGCAGCAAAGGUUGACUUGUCGCCAUUGUUCCUCCCCAGAGAAUUGCCUAUGCCCAACAGAGAGGCUAAUGCGCUAGAGAUCAAGUGGGGUAGUCAGCUGCUCUCCAUGAAGUGCUGUGUCAUCGAGGGCCGCAAGUUCUCCAUCCUACCAAAGAGGGAGACCGGUCAUUUCUAUAGUGGAGAGUGCUAUUUCUUCCUUUGUCGAUAUGCCAUCCCAGUGGAAGAAAAAGACGAGGAUGACGAUGAGAUGGACGAGGAGGAUGAGGAGGAUGAGAUCUCAACAGUGGUCUACUUCUGGCAGGGCAGGGACACCAACAAUAUGGGAUGGCUGCACUUCACUCAUGGUAUUCAGAAGCAGCUGGAGAGGGCUAUGGACGGACCCAUUGACGUGGUGAAGCUGUACCAGCAGCAAGAAGACAUGAAAUUCCUCUCUCACUUUGGGGGAAAGUGUAUCAUUCACUGGGGCAAGAGAGAGAGUGAGAAUAUGGACUACAAUCCAUCACUGUAUCAGAUACGCUCCAACGGGAGCAAACUCUGUCGAAGGAUAGUGCAAGUGCCAGUGCGACCUCAGACCCUCAACUCCUCAUUCUGCCACAUUUUGAGAGUACCAUUUGAGAACAGUGGAGGGUCGGGUAUAAUGUACAUCUGGCUGGGCAGCAAGACUACACAAGAAGAGGCCAUUCACGCUGAGCAAAUGGGAAGGACAAUGUUUGAGUCCAACUACUCCAAUGUGGUGGUCAAGGAGGGAGGGGAGCCGGAGAACUUCUUCUGGGUGGCCCUCGGAGGAAGAGCACCUUACGAAUCGGAAGCAGUGUUUAUGGGUCACAGGCGACUGUUCAGGUGCUCUAAUGAGAGAGGCUUCUUUGCCGUGUCUGAGAAAUGUAUCGAUUUCUGUCAGGGAGACCUCUCUGAGGAUGAUGUGAUGCUGCUGGAUAGUGGACAGAACGUGUUCCUCUGGUUCGGGAAGAACGCCAGUGAGGUGGAGAGGAAGCUAGCCGUCAAGAGCUCACAGGUGUACAUCAAACACCUUAUGAGUGAAGGCCUGGGCAACGGGAGGAAACUAAAGGUUGCUAAGAGAGGCCACGAACCAUGGGAGUUCACCAAGUGUUUCCAAGGCUGGGUGACUGAAACUGAAGCAUAGUCUAAUAAAACAAAUGCAGUCUCUCUUUUUAUUCAGAAUCAUUUCUAGUACUAGCAUAAAAUUCUUUCCAGAUUUGUUGCACAUAAUAAAAUAUUCAACUGUCCAAUAA